AUGGAGCCCCUCAUCUCCGGCAAUCUCACCUCGCCUACCCUUGCCAACAACAUUAGGUCUGGUGACCUAGACCGAGAAAACUCAGAGGCUUCGGAGGAGUGGUGGCACUACUCAAAUCACAACAACAGAAAGUCGGAGACUGGAAUGGGAGAAAGAGAAAUAGAAAUCGAGAAAUCGACUUAUACAGUAAAUGGGGAAGAAUCGAUGAUGCACGCAACAUGUUUGAUAAAAUGCCUCAUCCGCCACUGGAACAAAACUGUACGGACAAUUCCAAUCUCUCUUGGAGCUGAUGCUGAUGAAGAUAGAAUUGAAUUACUCUUGUCGGAGGUUAAGGGUAAAGAUAUCACCGAAUUGAUUGCAUCUGGAAGGGAGAAGUUGGCUUCUGUUCCUUCAGGUGGCGGUGGUGGUGUUGCAGUUGCCGCCACAGGUGGUAGUGGUGCUGCUCCCGCUGCAGCUGCUGCAGCUGAGCUAAAGAAAGAGGAGAAAGUUGUAGAGAAAGAAGAGUCCGAUGAUGUUGAAAGGAAGUCUCUUCCUCAUCCAGAAAGACCAGAUCGUCUUCGAGCAAUUGCUGCCAGCCUGGCAACUGCAGAGAACAGUUAUUUGCUAGGUACAUUAAUCUUUAUGUUUGAUGGAUCAUGGGUCGUGGGUCAUGGGUCAUGGGUCAUGGGUCAGGUGCGUCCUCCAGGUCAUCAUGCUGGAGUGAGACAAGCAAUGGGAUUCUGUCUGCAUAACAAUGCAGCCAUUGCUGCAUCAGCAGCACAAGCUGCAGGAGCAAAAAAAGUCUUGAUUGUUGAUUGGGAUGUACACCAUGGAAAUGGAACUCAAGAAAUAUUUGAGCAGAACAAAACAGUGUUGUAUAUAUCCUUACAUAGACAUGAAGGUGGAAAAUUCUACCCUGGUACAGGCGUUGCCCAUGAGGUGGGGUCCAUGGGUGGAGAAGGGUAUUGUGUAAAUGUUCCAUGGAGUCGUUGA